AUAUAAAUACACUUUUUCCUCGAAAUUAGAAGAUCACAAGCUCCAGUACAAAUUUACUGGUACUAGUACAGUACCAGUACAAAAUUACUAAACAGAAGAACUACCAGCGCAUAUUUUCAGUCCAUAGAUCAGCGGUUCUUUUGAACAUUUUAUACAAUGUGGCUAGCGGCGAUAAAUGACAAAUUAAGACUGGAAUUUUACUUAAAAAAGAGAAAAGCGCUCAACAGGGCAGGCAACAUUUGUGGAAAGAGAACCAGUAAAUGAUGCUUCAUCCGAACUACGAUGGGUUGAAGGCCGAAAUAAAUGGUAAUGGGUCAUGUAAAGAAGCAACACUCGGAUCUGAACCGUUAUUUCUUUUUCUCACAGAUGGUGCCUGACGUGCCGAGUAUCCCAGAUUUUUCCGUGUUUUCAUUUCAGACUGCCAACUUCUACUUCUUUGGGGUUUGAAAGGUUAUUGAGAUGCUCAUAUUUAAGUGAAGCACCAAGAAGGACCAGUGCAAGAUACCCGACAGACUGACUUGAUAAAAGACACUUCAUAUAUUGCAGGGGUCUCAGUAACAGUUUCCGGUGAGCUACAUCAAGCGGGAGUGGGAAAGCUCCAUUACAUUUUUAAUGCAGCGCCACAAGGCAUCUUUUCGUGUGGAUGACGUUCGUUGAAAAGGGCUGGGCCCCUUCUGGGUGACGUCAGCUAGUGGUUAUUAAACGGUUCUGCACCGCCCCGCUCGGGAGACGGAGUGGGAGAAAGAAGAGGAGCCCGAACUUGUCUCAAACAUGGUCGGCUUCUCAGCCUGGUUUUGGAACGAGAGGUUCUGGCUCCCUCACAACGUCACUUGGGCCGACCUCAAGAACACGGAUGGCGCCGAAUAUCCUCAGGCCGCUGAUUUGUACUUCGCUUUCCCGCUGGCAAUCGGCAUUUUCCUCGUCCGCCUGGCGUUCGAAAGGUUUAUUGCCAAACCAUGUGCCUUGACCCUUAGAAUCCAAGCAAAUGGACCACGCAGAGCACAGCCCAAUGCUAUUCUAGAGAAAGUCUUUACGUCAAUUACAAAGUCUCCUGAUGAGAAAAGGCUCGAAGGUCUGUCCAAGCAGCUCGACUGGGAUGUCCGCAAAAUUCAGCGCUGGUUUCGACAUCGAAGAAACCAAGAUAAACCCAGCACGCUCACAAAAUUCUGUGAGAGCAUGUGGAGACUUGCAUUUUAUUUCUAUAUAUUCUUCUAUGGAGUGAGAUUUCUAUGGAAGGCUCCCUGGUUCUGGGAUACGCGACAUUGCUGGUACAACUACCCAUAUCAGCAACUGGUAUUUGACAUGUAUUAUUAUUACAUAAUGGAGCUGUCAUUCUACUGGUCACUGAUGUUUUCACAGUUUACAGAUAUUAAAAGAAAGGAUUUCCUCAUUAUGUUUCUCCACCACCUUGCAACGGUUGGAUUAAUCACAUUUUCUUACGUCAACAACAUGGUGCGGGUUGGAACACUUGUCAUGUGUCUUCACGAUGCGUCUGAUUUCCUUUUAGAGGCUGCUAAAUUAGCCAAUUAUGCCAAGUAUCAAAGACUUUGUGACACACUAUUUGUGAUGUUUGGUUUUGUCUUCGUCAGCAGUAGACUUGGCAUUUACCCAUUCUGGAUUUUAAAUACAACACUUUUUGAAAGUUGGGAGAUCAUUGGGCCAUACCCAUCCUGGUGGGUCUUCAACAUUCUGUUGCUGCUACUACAGGUUCUACACGCCAUCUGGUCAUAUCUUAUUAUACGCAUUGCAUACAAAGCUGUCGUUAAGGGAAAGGUCUCCAAGGAUGAUCGCAGUGACAUUGAGAGCAGCUCCGAUGAUGAGGAUUCCAUGACUAAUGGCACAAAACUCCACCACUACAGCCCUUGCAAAGGUGCCACCAAUGCCAAUGGAACCAAUGGGCACCUAACCACUGGAACAUGGGUGGGAGACCAUUAGAUGGUGUCCUCAUGGACUACGUAAUGUGGGUUAAGUGCAGAAAGGACGACUGUAAUGGAAAACUACCCCGCACUGGACAAUUUUUAAAAAUGAUAAAUAAUGAACUGUGUGUUGCUGCAUGGUAUCUGAGCCUACCUGCCUGCUCAGUAAUGUACACCUGCAAACCGCCCAGGCGUUCUGAUUUAUUUUCUCUCUGUUUGUGCUUUAGCAAUGUGAGAAAUUGAAGUGCAGCUUUAGAUGAGGAGGAUGGAGCCACACUGUGGAUUCUGUUGUCCCAUUCUCCCAUCUUCCCUCUCCCCAUUUAACCACCUGCACUGCUUUAAAUGGGCUUUGUGCAAUUUGUCGAAUUGCUAAAGGUGGAGUUUACAUUUCAGGCUGGUGUUGUUGUUGUGUUACAUUUUUUGUAAUUUUUUUUUUGGGGGGGGUUGGAUUGUUGGAAUUGAGGCACGUGAGUGAAGCCGAAGACCCUGGGAUUGAACUGUGGGGAUUGUGUGAUCAGUUUCAGGUGAUGGGUGUUCAGUUAAGUGGCGUGGGAAUGUAGGGAACUUUGGGGACAAUGGCAUCAGUGCCUGAAUUCUUCCCAUCCCUGGCAUGGGUAUUUUUAUAUAAAGGAACUGAAUAGUUUGCUAAAUCCAAAGAAUCAGGAGGAGAAUGGCUCAGGGGUCCGAAUUGUCAUUUUUUGUGAUGUCAUUCCACUGUUGACUAAAUGUUGAAACAGGUUUUGUGUGUGUGUGUAUGUGUGUCUGUCAGGGAGCUAAAAUGGAAUCCCUUUGGAAUUUCCUUUUGGGUAUCUAUAUGGGGUGGUCAGUUAUCCAUUAAACCGAGUUUUUUUUUAUUUUAAAAGGGAGCAUGUUGGAAAGUGUUUUUGUCUACUACUUAUGUUGCUGAAUCCCUGGGGUUGAAACUUCUCCAGAUUUCACUGCAAUAACAGUUAAAUAUGCCUAUAGGGGAUUGUUUUCAGGAAGAAUUUGCGUGGAACUGUUCCAAAAUGGUUUGUUUACAAGUUGCAGAGUUUAUCUUUUUUUCAAAAAAAGGGCACUCCAGCCGUGUCAACUACUUUCUACAAAGGUAACAGUGGUCUUUUUAACCAAUGAAAUUGUCAGGUGCUGAAGCUGUCUAGAGGUUAUAUGAUUACAUUAUAUAUCACAACUAACAGUCUUGAAUUUUUCCCCCUGUAAAAUUUUAAAUGGGGAUAUUGGUGUCUUUUAUGUAUGGUAAAUAAUUCCCACAAAUGGCAUUGUUGGGCUGGAGCCAGGAGAAUGAGAGUGUUCUAAUGUUUGCAAGCUCCUGCUGUUAAAGGCACCUAUAAAACAAUAGCUUCAGCUAACAGCUUUGGAAAUCCUCUUUAGUCCACUCCUGUACUUUCUUCCACCAUUCAUUUUGCCACAACCUACUGCUCAGAUGCCUGGCUGAGCUCAAACUGAUUGAUAGUUGGCUGGUGGAUUGAAUUGCUAUCCUGGUGCUGUGUCACUCCUCACCAAUUCUAAGAGUUGGGUAAAUCCAAAUUAAAUUGGCCCUGAAUUGAAUUAGGACUGAAGUCUAGCAAAAACUAGGCAUCUAUCCAAAGAUAUUUUUUGGGUUUUUUUUUUGGCCAACUCUUGUUCGUAGCUGGACUAUCCCAUUCACCCACAGCUACAGCCCACACCACAUUGGGUGCCCAUGAAGAAUGGAACCUUGAUGCGAAAGCCUGCCUGUUGUGAAAGGCUCUGAGUGUGCCACAAUGGUAGCUGUGGAUGGUAGUGCUGUGUCUGGGUGUGGUGCACCAAGCCUGCUCAUCCUGCAUAGCCUGAACUCCUGACAGUAAUCACUGCUGCUGCCUGUUCUAGAGCCUUGGAUUGUAAAACUGCAGAUCCCCUUUAACACUCUGAAAAGUUUCCUGUGUAGGCACAAGAGCCAAAAUAGUCAAAUCAAUGAUGUGGGUUAAAAUGGUGAGCUGACCUGAUCAAGAUUUAUUUUGGAACAGUUUCUGCAGUGAGUUUGUGUGGGGAGGCUGUUGGUAGCUAGAGUGCUUUCUGUUUUGGAUGUGAGCUGAUUUUUGUUGUUGUUUUCUGCAAUUUGAACUCAAUAGAAAAGACCUUAAUGUGGAAUGACCUGAAAGGUGACAGUUUGGACUCUUUUGAAGGACUUUCUGUAGCAAAACAAAACAAGUGAUUGGUUACAUGGCAGUAAGUUUUCUGCUGUUUGACCCACAAACAACUGUUGGAAUCUGUCCAAAAUCCUUUCAAUGUAGUGUUCUUGCUGGCUGAUUUGCAGAGUGUCUUGGGAGAUGCCUUGAAACCAUGUAAUCCUUGGUCAGAGCCUGAACUGACCAUUGUUUUUCUUACUUGCAUUUUUUUGUUGAGACAGAACUUUAAUAUUUAGUGUGUUCAGGACAAGGCUGUUUGAAGUCAAUUGUAUAAUCCAGCAUUGUAAACUACAGGAUUGCUUUGUUUUUUUUUGUUUAGUAGUCACAUUCAUGAGCAUCACAAUGAUUUUAAAAAAAUUUUUAAUCUUCAUUAUGGGGUACAACAUGAAUGUUUUAAAAUUGCUGUUCCACAGUUGCCCUGCCCUUUCAGACUUGUGGAGGAAGCUGUGCUGAGCCCAUAGCAUCUCACUUUUGAGUAGCAAAUUUUGUCUUGAACUGUUGAGUAAUAAUGAUGGGCCACCUCAUGAUUUGUUUAAUGGAGAGAUGGGAGGAAUUCACGAAAUUGCAGUUGAGAGCAUUUGAAUUCUGUAAUGUAAAGCUUGAUGUGAGCAUACUACAUUUUCACUAGUGAAGGUAACAUCGCCCACUCUGGAUCAGUUCAGAGUCACAAGAGUCUAGAAAAAUUGGGUUGCAGCAGGUCACCAUGUUUGAAUCUUUCAGAGGGAAUGUUAUUGUAUGCAGAAGUGUGUAUGGUGUAAAGUACUCCAAUUACUUGCCUUCAAGGUAAUAUGAUAUUCAUACAGAAGCAGUCUUGCACUGUCAGGUUUUUGUGUACAGCACGCCCAAGGAGAGUUUUUGAUCCCUGGGUAAUUCUGAGGCUUUCUACUUUGCCCUUUCUAAUGCUGAGCUCUUAAACCCAAUCUAUCAGGCAGGCUGGCUGGUGCUGACUAGACACAACGAAGAUUCUCUGAAGCAAGAGGGAGCUUUAACUUUGUAAGCUGGCAUUUGUGGGGGGGGGGGGAGAAAAUUGUAUUUCCACCACCUCUCAAACAUGGGCAUGCCUCAGAAGUGCAUGUGUGUGAGUUCUCUGAUAAAGGCAAAUGAAGUUGUUUUUUGCUGCACGUGACUAAUCAAAUAAUGAGAGUAUGUUGAAAUUUUAGAGGAACAAUGAAUUACUGUGUAUAUUCUACAAGUUUCCUCACUACCUUUUUGACUGUGACACCCUUUUAACUAUUGAGAUUGUAUGAACUCUUCACUUUUGUUAUCCUAUUCCAGUUGAAUAUCAUGUCUUCCUCUACUGAUCAGCUCAGCCAGGCUGGGUUUCCUUUUGGCUUCUCUUUAGCUUGUGGAAGUGGUGGAGGGGGUAUAAUGGAAACCUAUACCUUGUUUAUUAUAUGAAGUGGACAUUGCUCCAGGAAUUUGAUCCAGCCACUUUUUUAAAAAAAAAUAGCUCCAACCUGUUAUAACGGGGUGGAUUUGAUAUUUUUACAUUACAUAGACCUGGAUGCUAGCUGUCCCUUACAAUGUGCACAGGCUGGAAAAGCUGGGCUGGAGUUGGGACUGAUGGAUUCUCUAACUGUGCUUGGAGAAUUACUGGAAUACAGAAAGCUUUCAACUGUAAACUGGAUCUCAUUUUGAAAAAGGUGAAUUUGUGUAAUGAUGCUUCAUGAAAAGAUUUGCAAUUUAUAUCAUUCCUUUGAAUGGAUGGACUCUUGUUAACUUUUGUAAUGCUCUGCUGGACCAGUCAUAUUAAAGUAUGAGAUCACUGUGUGAGCUGCGUAAAAUUGACCACCUACUAUUUGCUUGUUAUAAUGUUGACUGUUUCUUGGUAGAUAUCUGUGGUUUGGCCCUGCAUCUCUACAGCAAUUAUUUUAUCCUUUGUUUUGCAGCAUAGGUGCCACCUCUUACACUGGUUUGGACCUGGCCAAGGCAGCAGUGUCUGAGUUGUUUAAUUAUCAAAAAAUGGAAGAAGCCAAUAAGAAUGGAGCUACUUGAUUUCUUUAAAACACCAGUAGCUUGUUUGGUAACCUUGUCACCUGAUGUACAACACAAGUGUACAAAAUAGGAAAUCCCAGAGUUGAUCAUCAGUGUAGAAUUGCAAAAGUUGACACCUUCAGGAGUCUUGGAGCAAAUGGCACCACUUACUGAAACACAGUUUCUGUUUUGAGGUGAUUUUUGAUACUCUUGGUAGGCACUCCCUUGUGGUGUGAAUGAUUGGAUGACUGGUGGGGGGGUUAUUGGAGAGAAAUGAUGGGGCUUGUUCUGUUGGACAUGCAACUCCACCUGUUUUGAUUUGUGUUGAACUGUUUAUAUUGCUGUAGAAUGCUACUUUUCUGUGCUCAAUUCAGCCCAUUUCUGCAUUGCAGAUGCUGGCUGAGCUUUUGUUCAGUCUUGGCCAGGCUGUCAAAUGAUGGAAGAUGGAGGAUUUUUUUUUUGGGCUCCACGCUGCCUUCUGAGCCAAACACCCCAAUGACUAGAUCUAAGUGGCUUUAGCAACAGCAGUGAUUUAGGGGAGGGGGUGGAGGACAACCUUGUUAAUUACAGUACCAAAAUUGCCUUGCAUUUUAAAUCAAUGCAUCAAACUUUCUGUCAAUACAGACUCGUGGUUUGCAAUGACAAGCUGUGGAUGUGUUGGUGGAAAUUCUUGUAAUUCUGUUUUUUUUUACUGGAUACAUUGCAAUAAAAAUAUUGUUAAAUAUUUUAAA